GGCGGUCAUCACUUCUGCACCAAGCGUUGGCCGAAUCGUGCAUACCGCGCAGUGUUGCCAUAAUAAAUAAAUAUUAAAAUAAAACAUCGUGGUGUAGUGUAAUGAUAGUGCCUGCUAAGUGUUAGUGCAAAAUGGUGCUAAAUGCGAGAUUGAUAUUUUUAUGCAGCCUCCUUAUGUAUAAUUAUGCAGCCUCUGCAAUAUCACAGACUCAAGAUUCAGUGGAAUCCUCAGAGCUGUCAACAGAUAGUUUGCCUUCGUCUGAACUACACGAAGGCUCUGGUGACGAACCGCCGGGGCCAAUUUUACGAACAAAGAACGAAACAAGAGAUGCACUGAAAUCCGAUGGAAGUGAGCAGGAUCCAGUGGUAUUCCUAUCGGAUAAGAACAAUUACAUCCCGGUGAGCAUAAAGCCGCGGUCGCCGGCGGCAGAGGCGGCGUGGCGGGAGCCGCCCGCGUGGGAGCGAGAGUAUAGACGCCACAGGACCAAUGGAAGUCGGGUGCAAUAUAUUGAAGCGGAAUGUCAAGAUGACUUUAUGAAGAUUCGAGUGGGAUUCAAUGGAUCAUUUUCUGGCUUGGUUUAUUCUGCAGGCUAUUCAUACGAUCCCGACUGCAUGUACAUCAACGGGUCGGGUCGUGAUUACUACGAGUUCUAUAUACAACUGAACCGCUGCGGCACACUGGGGAGGAACGGUCAACACGAUGACACUAGAAAACAUCCUACGAAGAACCUUAUGUGGAACACGAUCACGGUGCAGUACAACCCGCUGAUCGAAGAGGAGUUAGACGAACACUUCAAGGUCACGUGCGAAUAUGGAUACGACUUCUGGAAGACCGUUACAUUUCCCUUUUUGGAUGUAGAGGUGGCUACAGGUAAUCCUGUAGUGUUUACGCUACAGCCCCCAGAAUGCUAUAUGGAGAUACGGUCUGGGUAUGGCGCGAGCGGCGCACGCGUGUCGGGACCCGUGCGCGUGGGGGACCCUUUGACACUGCUUAUUUAUAUGAGGAGCGCAUAUGACGGUUUUGACAUCGUGGUGAAUGAUUGCUUCGCACACAACGGAGCUGCAAAAAGAAUUCAACUUAUAGAUGAAUAUGGAUGUCCAGUGGACGACAAGCUGAUAUCCCGCUUCCGCGGCUCGUGGUCGGAGGCGGGCGUGUUCGAGACGCAAGUGUUCGCGUACAUGAAGACGUUCCGCUUCACCGGCUCGCCCGCGCUCUACAUCGAGUGCGAUGUGCGCAUGUGCCACGGACGCUGUCCCUCGCAGCCGUGCCAUUGGCGCAACAUGAAGAGCGUGCAGCGGCGCGCGGCGGACGCGCUGCCGGGGGCGGGGGGCGCGGGGGCGGGGGCCGGGGUGGGCGCGCACGUGGCGCCGCGCCUCUCCGAGAACGUGUCGCUGUUCCAGUCUCUGCGCGUGCUGCAGGAGGGCGAGGAGGACGACGAGUACACGCGGGCCGUCGCAGCGGGCCAGACGUGUAUGAGGACGUCGGCACUGUCCGCUAUCCUGGCGUCGUGCGGCGCGGCGGUGUGCGCGCUGGCGGCGGCGCUGCUGCUGGCCGCGCGCCGCUGCGCCCGCGCCGCGCCGCGCCCGCACCACGCCUACGUGCCGCACAAGGGCCGGAUCAAGUAGUGCGUGCUCUUUGUCAUGUGAUAU